AUGGCUGCGACAUCUCUUAACACAGAUGAUGGUGCUGACUCCCCAAUAUUUCACCCUGCUGAUGCCGAAAUUCUGGCAAGAACGGGCCACCUGAAGCCAGCGGAUGGAAGAAGAAGUGAAGUGUCAUCUCGCCUAAUGUUUGAGGGGUAUUUUUCAAGCUCGAGCGAGUCAAAAGAUUGGUACAUAGUUCCAGAUCUGCUUGUGUCUCCGGAGACACUGAUAUAUAUCGGAUGGGGACAACAAAAAGCUGAAGAGAUUUGGAGAAGAUGGCGAGAGCUCAUAUAUAUGACGGAGUUUCUAGACUUUGUGCUUGAAGAAUACGUUCCGGAGUUUCACAUGUCAGAUGGCCGGGAGGCGUGUAUUCGGCAAAUGAAGCACUGGGGAUUUGCGGAUGAGCUGAUCAACUGCAUAAUGGCAAGUGAAUUUGAAGAUGUAAUGAUGACGGAAACUGUCCAAUACUGGGUUCGCGACACUAUGAGUGUUCGAUACUUAGGUCUUAAGGAGCUACAAAAGAAUAGUGCCAGAAGGAACGAGAAGAGGAGAAGUGGUGUUCAAGACGUUGGGGUGGUUUUAGAUUAUUAA